GCUGCCGCCGCCUCCCCCGCUCCCCCCGCGGGCACAAGGAGCCAGAGCGUCCCCGGAGCGCCCGGCCACGCCGCAUCGCUGUGCCACAGCCAGGAGGGUUACCCCACGACCAUGUCUGAGCUGGAGAAGGCGAUGAUCGCCAUCAUUGAUGCCUUCCACCAGUACUCCGGGAAGGAGGGAGACAAGCACAAGCUGAAGAAGUCGGAACUCAAGGAGCUCAUCAACAACGAGCUGCCCCACUUCCUCGGUGAAAUCAAAGACCAGGAGACUGUGGACAAAGUCAUGGAGGCACUGGACUGCGAUGGAGAUGCAGAGUGUGACUUCCAGGAGUUUGUGGCCUUCAUUGCAAUGGUCACUGCUGCUUGCCACGAGUUCUUUGAGCAUGAGUGAACUGGUGGGAAGCAGGUGAGCCCCCUCUGCUCAUGCUGGAGAGAGGCAAGGCAGCAAUGCUCCUCCAGGAAAAUGGCUGGGUGUGAUUACAGACACCUUAGAGCUCAGCUUGUGCUAGACUUAAGAGCUUAUUAAAAGUGCUGUGGCUUUUUGAGCACUAAACACUUGUGCAGCUCAGGAAAGGCGAAAGUGCCCAUUGGGCUGGUUGCAGUGAGCAAGUGGCUUGCCUCAAGCUCCUUUCCUGCUGUUUAGUCAGGAAUGUGCAUGGGGCUAGAAGCAGAGGGAUGGUGUGGUCCAAGCUUGCAUGCAAAGGAAAAAAGGAAAUGCAAGGGCUGAAAGAAGAAGUGAUGCUUGAUAUGGAAACUUGCUGCUGAGCCCUCUGGCCUGAAUGGGAAGGCUCCCAGUGGCAUUGGAAACCAGCUCCUGUCCCCUCACAGGUGCUCAGCAGAGCCCACCCAUUUGGUACAUUGUGACACCCUCGGCUUGUAAUGCAAAGUGUAACAAUCUAAAAGCCUAACCAUGGGACUGCCCAGGCUUUUCUUUUGUUGGUCAAUCCUGCUUUUAGCAGCCUGCAGAACUGGAAGCAACAGCGUAUGAGGCUCCCGCACUAGGGUCAGCUCCUGGGUGUGGGAUAUGCCUUGCAGGGUGUCCAGGCUCAGUCAGAAGGGAAAUGGGAUCAGCCCAGUGUGACCACAGACCAGGCACAGCCUCUCUGAGUGUAUGGAAAUGACAGAAAUAAAAUGUUGGUUUGGCCUCCAGUGAAAAA